UCUCAUAUCCUCGUUCCCAAAAGAAUCCAGUGGCGCCAUUUCCAUCGCGCCAAAAAGGAAAUUCCAUUCCUCAUUUUCCCUCACAAUUUUCAUCCACUUCCUUAAAGACGAACACCUUCCUCCUAUUCGAUAUUUCUUCCAAGACAUCAAACAAAACUCUUCCUAUUCCCAAACCUUUUUCGUCUCUGCACCGAUUACAUUUAGAAGAACAACAAGAAGAUAGAAAUGGCCAAGAAAAGGGUGGAGGCUGAGUCUAAUGCUGGUGCUGCCGCAGGGAACACCACUUCCUUGAUCCGUGCCAGAGAUGGCAGUGCUUUUACUCGAUGUGAAGAGUGCAAGAAGCAUGUGGCCGUGGCUCUAAUCAGCAUGCACAGCUGUAGCCUUGAUGCCAAAAUCAAGAUGAACUUGGAGUCCAAAGUUGUGGAAAAACCUACUGAAGUUAAGAAGAAGCCAGCUGAAAGGAAGAAAUCCACUUCAACAGAACCAAAGGCAAAGAAAGCUAAGAAAGAGAAGAAGGCCAGCGAUCCAAACAAACCCAAACGUCCUCCCACUGCCUUCUUUAUUUUCAUGGAUGAAUUUAGAAAACUCUUUAAGGAAGCAAAUCCAGACUCUAAGGAUGUUAAAAAGGUUGCAAAGGAAGCCGGUGAAAAAUGGAAGUCUAUGACUGAAGAAGAGAAGAAGCCAUAUGUGGAUAAAGCUGCUACGCUUAAGGCCGAGUAUAACAGAGCCUCAGAAGCUAACAGUGCUGAAGAGGAAGAAGAUGAGGGGGAUUCAGAGAAGGAAGGUGCUGAACAGGUGCUUGAUCAGGACGAAGGGGGUUUGGAGGAGGGAGGUGCCAAACAGCAAGUACAAGUGUCAGAUGAAGAGUAGGACGUUUUAAACAAUUUAUAUUUUCGCAUGGAAAUGGCUCUGUCUGGAGGGUUGUAAAUGUUAGGAUCUCCUUUAGUCAAAUUGGAACCAUUAGAUGUUUUCAUUUGCUCGAUGAAUAUGGUCUCUGAAUUUCAGCAUGAUAUAACAGUGUAAACUUGCUUGGAAUGUAGACUGAUAGCAAUCAUUUUGCCUGAUCUUCAAUUUCUCUUUUUGUAGUAAAUUGUUUGCUCUAGGGUAGUAGACAAUCAAUGAUAUGGGCAUGGCUGAUUUCAUGGAA